GAUGGGCACGGCUCACAUGAGACACAUGCAAUCUGCGAGUAUGCAUACCAGCACGGAAUUCUGUUAUUCUGUCUUCCUUCAAAGACAACGCACAAACUUCAGCCCUUGGAUGUAGGUCUUUUUGGACCACUUCAGCGCGAAUGGGCCAAUACAUGCGACGACAUGGCCGCCGUUGGCAUAUCAGUCACGAAAGAUAACUUCGUCGAGACCUACCUCCGAGUUCGCGGACACACACUCAAGCACGAGACUAUUCUUGCAGCAUUCAAGAAAACUGGUAUCCGUCCUUUGGAU